CUGGUGCCGGUAGUGGUGGGAGGCGCGCGGGCUGGGCGCUACCUGCUGCUGAGGGUCGCCAUGGCGGGGGCGCUGGGCCGCAAGGCCGUGGACUACCUGCGCAGCAAGGAGUUCAGGGACUACCUCAUGAGGUGACACUUUUGGGGGCCAGUUGCCAACUGGGGACUUCCUAUUGCUGCUAUUAAUGAUAUGAAGAAGUCGCCAGAAAUCGUUAGUGGCCGAAUGACAUUUGCACUCUGUUUUUACUCUUUGGCUUUCAUGAGAUUUGCCUACAAAGUGCAGCCAAGGAACUGGCUUCUUUUUGCAUGCCACUUCACUAAUGAAAUUGCACAACUUAUUCAAGGAGGACGACUGAUCAAAUACAGGCAAGUUACAUAUCAAAAAAUGGAAGUCAUAAACUGAUGGCUCUUGGAAUACUCUGUUAGUAGAUUUCUAACUGUAGUGGAAACCCUUGCAUGGCUUCUGAACUUGUGUAACAUCAUUACCUUUUGAAAACCCAUUAACAAGCUUGUUGUCAGUAGGCUAAUUAUGACUUGUUGCCUUGCACUCCCUUUGACACUUCCGAGGGAUACACAGAAAAGACUGAAAACCCUUAUGUUCAUGGAUGUAGAUAGGUCUUAUGCAGCUGCUGGCUACUCUGGGGUUUGUUUCAUGUAUUAUGUUGAUUAGUCUGCAUGUGUCAGUCUCAGUAACUAAUUUUUGAGAUGGAAACAUUGGAAGGGGUUGUAUAUCUGAAACAGAAAUUAAGGAAAACCUCUCUAAGCUGACCCUUCUAUAUGUCAGGUAGAUACAACUGAGUGUGACUGAGGACUAGCCUGCAAGCAGUCUCACACCCUCAUUGGGUAGCAAGUAGUGCAGACACUGCCCUAGGCAGUGAUCAUGAGUCAGGAUUCUGGCUCUUUUUACUUUGGAUCCAAGAAAUUGAUGGGGAGUAAUGGGAUGAUGAAGCCUCCUGAACUAUAAAUUAAAAAGUGAGCAAAACUGCAAAUGAACAUGCUUUUCCAUAAGUAACUGGCCAAAUGUCUUUCAUUACUGAAGUUCUGUUUUAAGUCCAGACUCUUUAUAGCAAUUCUAGUUAAAUAAUCACUCCUGUAAAACUUUAUCUUCUCUUGGCAGAUUUGAGAAAAAGAACUAAAUAUCUAAGUUGAAGUAAGCCAUGGAAUAUGCUUAUCCUGAAUUACAACCAAGGAAGACUUGCCAUCUACAGUUCCUGUGACAGUUACAAUGGGGUUGAAACAAACACCUAUUAUGAAUGACCCCAUCAAGAAUCCUACUGAUUUUUUUUAUCUUGCCUUUUUGAGAAUAAUAUUCAGCAAUGUAAACCAUUGCAUUUGAAGUUUUGCUGCCUUACAGGUCCUUAAUAACUACCCUUUGAAUAAAAAGUUAGACAUCUGAAUAACAAGCAAUAUUUGAAAAUCAACUUUUUUCUAACAGUCUACAAAAGCGGUGUAUGAUGGCUUAGUAACUGUAGGUGGUAUCAUGGUAUUAAGAUUCUUAAAAGCCAUUUAACUUGGGUGCAUUCAUUCCUGUCUCUUUUUUUUUUUUUUUUUUUAACUUAAGCAGUGGCUUGCUAAUCUACAAGAACAAAUGUGUAGUUAGGCAGCCUGGAAGUGACCGGCUAUCCUUCUUCCCUUACUGCAUGCCUUGUCUCAGUAAAGAGACUUCAUUAAUACCCGUUUUUAAGUCACACAUUAUUUUAAGAGGACUUGGAAGAGCAAAAGCAUAGCACUGAAUGAAUGAAAGCAACAAGGUCUGGUACUGUUCUUUAAGAAGUUCUAAGUAGAUUUUAUUUUUUCCUACUAUUUGAGUUGCUCUAGAUGUAUGUAAUCCUUACACAGACAAAAACUUAAUUUGUUUGGAGUCUAAGAUCUGAAAGACACAAGGUGCCUUUCAGUAGUUUUUUAUGUCAUUGGGAGAGUGGCUUCCCUGCAUGACCUGCCUGAAAAUUACAUUGCUGUAAAGAUAUAGAUAACAAAGAAUGUACGUGAUGGAUUUUAUUUCAGUUCAGUGUUUUUGAACAAUAAACAUGUUCCAAAUGGCAAUAAAUUCUUUCAACAUUUUGAAAA